GACCAGUUGGCAUGAAUAGUGUGAAGCCCUUCCACUCCAUAAAUAAUUUAGGGUAUAUCUUAAGACUCGCGGCGGAUCUCGUCAUGUUUUUACCCAACUUAGCCUAGCCAUUCUGGUGCCAUGGCUAUCCGUGACGACGUGAUUUGCUGUUCUAUACCCUACAACGACGUCGGACACUUACUGGAACUCUAUGAAAGUACUAAAAAUGCCUUUAGCAGCAGUCGGACAAAUCCGCUCUACAGCCUCAAUAGCUCACAACCUAAGCCAAUGUCAGAAGCUCGUGCAAAGAGCAAAAGAAGCCGGCGCAAAGGCACUCUUCCUCCCAGAAGCGUCUGACUACAUCGCAAUAAACGGAAACCACCUCUGUAAAUCCGUCGAGGAGUCCGACUUCGUCCUCGGUCUACAGCGAGAAGCAAAAAGGUACAGUCUACCCAUCAACGUCGGCGUCCACGAACCUGCCGCAGACCAAAAAGUAAAGAAUACAUCGCUAUGGAUCGACGAAACCGGUUCCAUCACGCAGAGAUACCAAAAACUGCAUCUCUUUGACGUCGACAUCAAGAACGGCCCUCAGCUCAAAGAAUCAAACAGCGUGGAGCGCGGAAAAGAGAUUCUAGCGCCCUUUGCCACGCCCGUCGGCUCGGUGGGGCUACAGAUUUGUUUCGACCUGCGCUUUCCCGAACCCGCCCUGGCCCUUCGAGCGCGCGGUGCUCAAAUCUUGACCUAUCCAUCUGCAUUCACAGUCCCAACAGGAAAUGCGGGGCAUUGGGAGAUUCUCUUGCGAGCACGCGCGAUCGAAACGCAGAGCUAUGUUGUUGCGGCUGCGCAAGUGGGCGUGCAUGAUGAAGAGGGGAAGAGGAGGAGUUACGGUCAUAGUAUGAUUGUUGAUCCAUGGGGGAAGAUCAUCGCGGAAUUGGGUGGCGAAGAUGAUGACAAGGGUCGGGGGUUGAAUGAGGGUGAGAUUGCACUUGCGGAGAUUGACUUAGAGAAUUUGGAAAAGGUUAGACGGGAGGUUCCGCUUAUAAGGAGAACGGAUGUGUAUCCUGAAAUUGUCUGAGGCUGAGGAAACAUGAACCACUUGAGCCGUAGUGCCGAGCGAAUAGUCUACCAGCAAGCCGUGCCUGUUAUGUAGAUCGUAAGUCUAUAACCUAUAUUUUGAGACACACUGUACAUUGUAUUAUCCAGGUCCAGUCUCAGCAUCUAGCCAACACCGACAUCUUGCUUGCCGCUCCCCAAGAAUGGAAUGAAUGUGGAGCAGUAGGACUACCCAUCCCCAUCCACGAAAGUCAAAUCGAGUCCCCCCAACAACCGCGCCUUUCCCAUAAGAUCCAAAUACGCAAGCGAAUGAUCUUUUUUAUCGGUG